AUGUCUGUAUUGCCUGACAACCUGUUUGACCAAUGCUGUAAUACCCAAGCUGGACCAGAUAUUUGCAACAUUUGGAACACCCCUGUUGUACAAACAGAUAACGGACCGCCAUUUAAUGGUAACGAGUUUGCCAAGUUUGCUCAGGCUCUUGGUUUUAAGCAUCGUAAAGUGACCCUGUUGUGGCCUCGAGCCAAUGGUGAGGUAGAAAAGUUUGUUAAAACCAUAAAGAAAUAUGUUAAAGCCACUAAGACAGAAGGAAAGAAUGGGAGAAAAGAGUUGCAAGCAUUUCUACGCAGUUAUAGAACAGCUCCACAUGCAACCACUGGUGUGGCUCCUAGUGUAAUGUUGAUGAGGCGUUUUGUCCGCAGCAAAAUUCCACAAAUUGACAGAGCUGACCCAGUAUCAGAAAUUAUUCGUAAGCGUGAUUCAUUCCAGAAAGAGAAGAUGAAGUUGUAUACUGAUAAUAAGUGUUAUGUGAAGCCAAGUAAUAUCUUCGUUGGUGAUUCAGUAUUAGUAAAACGGCCUUUUCCCAUGAAUAAAGGAGCCAGUGUUUACGAUCCCAAUCCAAUGACAGUGGUUGGAGCGAAAGGUAACAUGAUCACUGCUAAAAACUCGGAUACCACUGUCACAAGAAAUUCGUCAUUCUUCAAGAAGUUACCUUCAGACGUAUCAAGCGAUCACCAGGAGGAUGAUUCAUUCUUUAUUCCACCAGUCCAAGAAUAUCCCGAACAGACCCGAAAUGAAACUCCGUUAAAAUCACCAAAUAAAGAUGUUAUUCCACUCGAAAACCUUCCGGUGAAGGAACUUAAUACUCCAUCUACAGCUCCUCCUGGCAAUGAGAAUACAAAACCACCGCAACCGGGAGAACCCAGUGAGAUUCCUCUCAGUGAUUCUGUUCCUGGACCACAACGUUGA